CUUAAAUUUUCCAUUAUGACCAAAUGGAGCACACGCUUUUGCAAACCCAUGUGACCUGCUCUCCAGCCAUUCCACACAACCACAUAGUACAAAGAUUUGCCCACGCAUCCCCGUAAUCCGAAUCAUUUUAGUAUUCCUUUAAGCUUUCUGAUGUCUGAUCUUUGACAAUACUAAAUGUGAAUCCUUUAAGCUAAGGCCUUGUUUUUAAUUGGUUGCACAUAAUUUGUGGUUCUGGGUGGUUUGUUUUGCUUAAAAGGUUUCUUCUGCCCGGGAUUUUCUUUCACAGUGCCUGGUUUUCCCUGUAGCGUGUGUUUCAGGCUACAAUAUAAGAGUCACCUUAGUCUCUGAAAUUUAAUAAAAGGGUAGGGUACUUGAGCCGUUUCGGAAGUAGGGUCCUUAUGGAAUGGAUUCUCAGAUUCUGUAGCAAAUAGUGGUUUUUUUUUUUUUUUAUUAUUUGUUUCUCCAUUUCAGACUAAAAAACUGGGAGAAUCUUUGAGCAAAUUCUGAGCCCAAGAUUAGUUGUUCUGGGGAUGUGAAAUUCCAGGCAAAGAUGACAUCUUUCAGUGGGUUAGGUAUUAGUUUGAGCCUGGUCUUUGGGUUCCUCCUACUGGCUCUUGUUGCAGAGCUUUACUAUUUGCUAUGGUGGAGGAAGAAGAGAAUCAGCAGCGCUGAGAUUGAAGAUGAUUACAGCAAAUAUGCGAGGGAAUUCUUUCAGUUUAUCUGCUGGAAGAGACCCUCUUCUUUGCAGACCAACAACACUGAAGAGAUUGUGAGAGACCCAGAUGCCAAUUGUCAUGAACCAGACCCAGAGAUGGGCUCUAGCAAGGAUUUUCUGCUGCUGGCCUGUGGGGAAGAAGGUGUGGAAUCAGAGCUCAUGAGGCUGCACAAUCUGGCAGGCCCUCCACGAUUUCUCUUCACAAUCAAAGAGGAAACUAAGGAGGAUUUGGACUCUGAAGAUGGGAAAUCUAGAGGUGACAGAAGCAGAAAAGGGUCGAGAACGAGGAGCUUGAGUGAUCUUGUUGCGGCUGUUGACAGCCCAUUCCUUGUCCCUUUGGCUUCCCCACGACUAAAGUCUCCUCCUUUGAACGCUUUGGAUUCUUAUAACCACCACGGAUUCAACCCUCUCUUUGAAUCUUCAGCGGAGGCAGAAAUGAACAGGUUGAGAUCUUCACCCCCUCCAAGCUUCAAGUUCUUGAGGGAUGCAGAGGAGAAAUUGUACAGAAGAUUGCGGGAAGAGGCGGAGAAAAAAGCACUUCUGGAUUGUGGGUCUGUUCAAGCCUCUUCCAAUUCAACGGUGGCAGCAGAAGAAAAAGAUGGGUCUUUCCUCAAAUUUAUUGCUGGCAAGAACAAAGAGAGAGAGCUUCAUCACAAUCUACCACAAUAUUCUUCAAGCUCCUCACAGGUACUGCCACUGGAUUCUUCCCCUACAGCAUUCAGACCGCUUGACAAGGCACCUCUGGUGCAUUUGAUAUGAAUUACCAUGAAAUGUGUCUUUGUUAAUUCUUUUCACAUGUUAAUCCAUUUUUCCAAGAUGAUUAAUUCUGUCUUUUUGAAUCUUUUUUUUUUGGUUUCUUAUUUCUUCUGUCAUGACUGUUUGUUUUGGGGAAGAUCGCCAUUCUCAAAAUCAGCUACAGUUUUGUGCCAGGCACCUUUGAGAAUUGAAUGGCAAACUGACAUUUUCUGCAGAA